UAAUCCCGUCCCUCGCGUCCCUGCUGCUGCUGAGAACUGGCCAAUGGCAGCGUGCGGCCGCCAGAACCCUCAUUUGCAUGCGACCGCUAUAAGUAGCGAGCUAUUGCCCGCGGCCUCCGUCUUGUCUCGCGGCUCGCGUCAGUCUCCUGCUCGGCGCUUUAGCAGCAAUCCCCGCUAUGCCUGAGCCGGCCAAGUCCGCCCCGGCGCCCAAGAAGGGCUCCAAGAAAGCUGUCACCAAGGCUCAGAAGAAGGACGGCAAGAAGCGCAAGCGCAGCCGCAAGGAGAGCUACUCCAUCUACGUGUACAAGGUGCUGAAGCAGGUGCACCCCGACACGGGCAUCUCGUCCAAGGCCAUGGGCAUCAUGAACUCCUUCGUCAACGACAUCUUCGAGCGCAUCGCCGGCGAGGCGUCCCGCCUGGCGCACUACAACAAGCGCUCCACCAUCACGUCGCGGGAGAUCCAGACGGCCGUGCGCCUGCUGCUGCCCGGCGAGCUGGCCAAGCACGCCGUGUCCGAGGGCACCAAGGCCGUCACCAAGUACACCAGCUCCAAGUGAGUCCCUGCGGGGACGAGGCUCCAAAGGCUCUUUUCAGAGCCACCCACCCCGCACUCAAAGGAGCUGGCAUGGCUACGCUUACGAGCCAACGACUCUUCCAGUUCGUUUACUUUUGGCACGAGGAAUUAAUAUGCUUGCGCACG